AUGUUUGGUAUUGUGAUAUAUGCAAUCGUUUCAUGCAUCUUUCAAGUUGCCUUUGUAAACGCGGAUUAUGAGUGCUUAUGUAACUAUAACGUAGAAAUUCCCGUAUUUUCAAAGGCUAGCUCUACUGGUCAAGUGAUAGGAUAUUUGUACGAAUUUGACUGCAAAGCAAUUUACGCAAAUAGCGCUAAAGAUUCAAAGUUUCAACCAGUACAGUUUGAAAACCAGGUUGGGUACAUUGAAAAUGGGAAUGGCUCAAGUUCAAAUUUGCCAGGGAAAAGUGUUCCAACUGAUGAUCUAGUGAAAACUACAACAGUCUCUGUAGAGUCAACAACAUCAACAACCACAGAAGCGGCUACAAUAGCGAAUCAACAAACAAAUAAGACGACUCCUAUGCCUAUGGUAACUGAUAACUUAACUUCCACAGUCAAAGGCACAACAAUACAAGUUCCCACCAUAUCUAUCCAAAACAGAACUGUUACAUCUUCAUCCCAACCAACAGGAGCAGUGGUUGUAGUUGCUAAUGGAAAUAUUACAGUCUUAACCCACCAGUCAAGUGACAAUACAACACAUGAUAACUCCACCACACACUCGACAUUUUCUUCAAAUGUUACUUCUACAUCAGCAACUAUAUUCUCUACAAUACCUGUUUCAUCUACAUCAAAUAUGCCUAUUACAACGUCUCAAGCAGCACGUACGUCAUCUACAACCAUUCCGAUGCAGCCAUUCAUGGCAAAUACUACAAGUACUCCGAUUUCCACAGCAAGUACUACUACAACUCCCCCGCCUUCUACUACACGUGUUACUAUGAUGACACCUACAACGCCUACAACAACGUUUACAACAACAAUGCCUAUAACAACGUCUACAACUACAACGCCUACAACAACAACGCCUACAACAACUUUUACCACAACAACAAAAAGGGUGACGACAACAGCGCCGAAGCCAUCCUGUCCGAAUGGUUGGAUUAUGUACCAGACGUCAUGUUAUCUGCUUCAUACAAACAACAGAGUACACUGGGGUGACGCGAAUUGCGAUUGUGUGAGCAAGUCAUCACAUCUAACAAUAAUUGAAACAGCGGAUGAAUUCAAUUUCCUAAAACAGCAACUAACCCAUCACAUUAACAUUCACAAUGGCGAUGACUCCGAAACAUCUGCGUGGGUAGCAGGAAGGGAUGACAGAAUCGAAGGUCAUUGGGAAUGGUACGAUGGUUUUACGAACACAUACAAACCGUUUACAUACACGCACUGGGGACAAGACGAACCCGAUGCAGGAGAAGGCGAGCACGAGGAAGACUGUAUGACGAUGGUCGGGGAAAAGGGGUUCAUUUGGGCAGAUUACUCUUGCAACGAGAACAUGUAUUAUGUUUGUGAGCAGUCGGCUUUACCACUUAUAAACGUACAAACACAACAAACACAGAAUCCUCCACAACAAACACAGAGCCCUCCAAAGCAAACAAGUGCAGCAAGUUGUCCUUCUGGUUGGAUAAUGAACCACGGCUCCUGCUACUUCUUCCACACGGACGAUCGAUACAAAUGGCGUAAUGCAAAUUCAUUCUGUUCAGCACACCAAGCACAUCUGGCCAUUAUCGAAACCGCCGAGGAAGACCAUUUCCUUAAACAACAAUCUUCACAAAGGAUUCACGAACAUGGAGAUUCAGACUCUGGAGUCUGGGUAGGCGGAAGUGACGAUGACCAUGAAGGACACUGGGAAUGGGUUGAUGGCUUCAGUCAUACAAACAGACCCAUGCAAGGAUACACCAACUGGUAUCCUGGUGAACCGGAUUCAGGUGAUGGAGAACAUGGGGAGGAUUGCAUGUGUAUGAUUGGAGAAAAAGGAUUUCAAUGGCAAGAUUAUCACUGUGGCAAACAUAUGUUCUUUAUAUGUGAAAAAUCUACCACGUUUGCAGCUCCUUUAGUAGGAUAACCAGAAUGUCAAUUAUCAAGAAAUGAACAGAAAUAAAGACACAAGACUUACUGUGUUUUAAUUCUUUUCCUCGGAACUAAGUUUUUUGUUUAC